AUCUGAUCUCAAAUUUAUUUAAAUGGCUCGGAACAUUUUUAGGAUUAGCUCAAAGUUUAAAUAUUUUAAUGAUUAGAAAUGAAUUUUAAUUAAUUCGGAGUCCUUUAUAAUGAUUUUUUCUAACAUUUUUCGUAAAAAACCUCAUGAGAAAGAAGAAUAUAGUAAGAGUAAGAAAAAUGAAGUUGGAGAUGUUCGAACCAAGUCCAUGGGUGUCAACCAAAGCAGGGAAAAAAGUAACAUUAGUCCCCAUAAAAAUGGCCUCAAUAAAGAGAGUCCAUUGAAAAAAGAAAAUAAAAUGGAUGAUAUCAGUGUACAUCUGGCAGUCUCAAAGUAUGCAUCAAACUUGUCACAAAAGUCCCAACUCUACAAAUCCCUUUUGGAAACUUUGAUGGAUAAGAGUGCACUGUCCUACUUCAUGCAGUUCAUGGAGUUCAAAUUCAAGUGUAACCUACUGAAGUUCUGGAUUGAUGUUCAUAAUUUCAAGUUAUCCUCAUCAAUGGUCUCAAAAGUUGCACUAUGUCACUCCAACGGUGGUGCAUCCUAUGCGAACCAUGUGACACCUUCAACAGCAGCAACAACAUCAGCCACAACAACAAACAUUCCUAACUCCGUAUCACUACCGAUAUUAUCAUCAACAACAUCUGCAUCUUUCCCGACAACGACAUCACCUUUAUCAUCGUCACACUCAUCUUCCAACACCCAGAUGAUUUUGAAUGCUUGCAUCUUAUAUGAUGACAUAGAAAAAGAACAGCAGAGGGAGAUGAUGAUGAUGAUGAGCAGUACGAGGAGGCGAUCAAUUGAACAAUCUGUGAUAUCAAAUUCUUUUCAAUUAGAUGGAUCAGACCUAGAAAACGAUGCCUUAUUCAUUUUCACACGGUACCUAACGGGCGACACCCGACACAAAAUCGACGUGCCUACUUGUCUGCAGCAGCUGGUUGCUCAGAGGUUCUCUUGUCUCGAGCAGCAGGAGUUGAGGGCUGACUGUUUCGAUGAAUGCCAUAACUAUGUCUUUGAUCUUCUUCAGAAGGAAUAUCACCCAGAGUAUCUACAAAGUUCAUUCCAUUACAAACAUCAGUUAGAUAUCUUAACCAGUAACAAUCUAAUAAUUCUUGACAUUCUCUAUCAUGAAACUUCUCUAUCUUAUUUUACAGAAUUCAUGGAGCAAGAGCAGGCCAUGGAUUAUCUUCAGUGCUUUCUGGAUGUUGACAACUACCAUCACCACCAUCAACAUCUACAGAGAUGUCACCAGCAACAUUUUUCACCAGCUGAAAAACAAAAUGAUAUCAAUAAUAAUCAACAACGUCAUCAUCAUAAACAGCAACAAAAUUGUUGCCAACAAAAGCAACAAAAACAUACACAACAGCAAAAACUGACACACCGUGCAAAUAACAUCCAUCAACAUUCGCCUAACACACUUUCAACAUCAUCGUCAUUUAAUAAUUCAACACUUACCCAUCAUUCCAUAUCUUCAUCAUCGUCAAAGUCAUCAUCACCAUCACAACUGCAACUACCACAAGCAUCAUCAUCACUACCAGCAACGUCGUCAUCGUCCUCUUCACCAUUCAGGCCUAAUGUUCAUUCUCAGCUAGCUCAAGAUGAUGCCAUGGUUAUAUAUGAAAAAUUUUUUUCAUUGCAAGCUUCUCGACCUUUGAACUUUAGCGACGGUAUCAGAUUAGAGUUGGAAAGUUCCAUCUGUAGUGUAGGGGGUGUUCAGUAUGACUGCUUCUUACUGCCUAGAUCUUUGUUACUCUACAAAAUGGAGCAGGUCCACUUCCCGAUGUUUUUAAAGAGUGACGUGUUUUACAAAUACUUGGCAGAGCUCAUCAACUCUAUCCAUAACUCUAACAAUAUCUUGGGUUAUUCCAGACGGAGACAAAACAGUAAUGGAUCACUCCACAGUUCAGAGACGACGACGAGCAACAACUCAUCCAUUACAUCAAAGAACACAUUACUAGCUGUGGAUACUCUAUCCAAACAGUAUCCGAGCGUUAAGAAGGGUAGGAGGAAGUCAAAGGAAAAGAUGAACAUUGACGGCAUCAUUCUCGACCCUGACCACAUCUGGCAGCGACCUUGCACGAGCAUGAAAUUAGGUCACGUGAAUGAUCUUGGUGAGUUCAUUCCCGAAUUUGAUCCCAAUCCGGUUUCUGAUAAAAAAUCAUUUUUCUCGCUGACGGCAAAGAGCAAGAGGUCACGUGAGGAAGAGGCGGCCCUCCUCAUUGCCCAGCAGAUAAUUCAGGACGUCAACAUCCUCACAUGCACCAACAACAACACCACCGUCACCAACAACAACAGCAACAUCAGUACUGACGAUGACGAUGAUGAUAAUAAUGAGUAUGAUAACAACGGUGAUGGUGGUGGUGAUAAUAGUGGCGAUGGUGAAACGAAAUUUACCGCCGGUGAUGAUAGCGAUGAUCGAUGCAAUUAAUUGUUUAAUUAAUUAUUUAAUUAAUUAAUUAAGUGAUACAAGACAAAUUCAUUGAAACGGAUUUUGCAUUUAACAAUGUGCCAUGAUUUUAUAAACAGCAGCAGCUACUUUUAGGGUACCCACGGCCCGCAACAAUCAAUCUAAUCUGUCAAUCAAAACUUCAUUCACAAUACGGAUUAUUAUUAUUAAUGGUUAUUUAUAUUAUUAUUAUUGUUUAUAUUAUUUUUUCAUAAUUAUUUUAUAGGGGAUACCCAUUGCAUAUGUACGUACAUUUGUGUUAAUCAAUUUUUAUUUGUACGUUCAAGUAAAUAAUGUUUUUACUAUUUAUUUGAUACACGAAACUAUGUUUUAGCAAAAUUUUAAACUUUUUUGUUAUUUAUGAAUACUUUUGCUUCGUAUUAUGUGUAUAUGGGUAUAUGUGUAUACACUUGUUUGUAUGUAUGUAUGUAUGUAAAUAUUGUAUGUAUGUAUGUUUAUACCUUUAUAGACUAAUUGAAUUUGUAUAGCUGUUAAACACAGAUGCUUUCUGCAUAUAUCACUGGCCGGUUGAAUUGUAAUACCAUUAUUAUUUUAUAUUUAAUUUAAUUCAGUUUACCAAGCAGUUUACUUGAUUAGUCAUAAUAAUAUUGAUUCAGUGUUAAUAAUAACUUCUUUUAUAAGGUAUGUAUGCAGAUGUUCAUAGCCAAACAUUAUUAACGGUUAUUAUUGCCCUGCUAGGUUUAAUUGUAACGUUCGUUGUAACAUUUUUUUUGAAAAUUGAUUUUUCGUACUUUAUAAUGUUACUAAGAUGCCCUCUUUAUGUUAUUAUGACGAUAUAGUCUUAUGAUAUUUUGUUCUAAGAGUGUGGAAAAUAUUGACGAAGUUCGUCACUAAGUUUUAUAAUUAUUAUUUGUAAAUUAUUUGUAUAAUAAUGAAAUUAGUAUAACAGUUAUUAUGUGAUUGCUAGUGUUAGCAUUAGCAUAGAAAUAUGACCAAUUGACAGUUGCAAGUUGUUUAAUUAAUUAAUUGGUAAUUAAUAUUCGUUAUCAACACUUUUCCGUCCAUCUAGCGAUGAAAAUUAUUUUUCUACUCGUCAAACCAUAACAUAUUUCUCAUUUUCAAUCACUAAAAUUACUGAUAUGUGAUACGAAAUUGUGUCUGUGUGUUAUGUAAUGUUGUUGGCAACAAUUCCAGUUUUGUAUAAAAUAAUUUAUUCGUGGCUACAGCAAAAAUAAUUCGUUUUUAUUUAUUGUAAACUGUUUUUUUCUAUGCAAGAUAUUUCUAUAUAGGUUUUGUUUUAUUUUUUUAGUUUUAUACUUUUUU